AAAAAAAAAAAAAAAAAAAAUAACGAAAUGACCGGUCCAAACGACUAUACGGUCGGCUGGAUCUGCGCUCUCCCAUGCGAAUAUGCUGCGGCACAAUUAUGUCUCGAUGAGGAGCACGAUGAUGUGUCAGUAGAUGCCUCCCAAAACGAUAAUAACAAUUAUACUCUCGGGCGAAUUGGCAAGCAUAAUGUUGUUAUUGCCAUUUUGCCGAAAGGUGGACAAGGCACGACCUCUGCGACAGUCUAUUCAAAUCUCAUCUUACGCAUGGCAGUAUUUGCGACCACGAAAAGGGAUGUGUGAAUGACCAGAUGAAUUUGGUCUUGAGGCGAGAAAGGUCCCAAUUUGAAGGUGUCGCCAUCUAUUACGGCACAAUUGCUUCAGGGGACAAAGUGAUGAAGGACGCUGUGAUUCGUGACAAGCUUUCCAAACAAAAGGACAUUUUGUGUUUUGAUAUGGAAGCGGCCGGUCUAAUGAAUCAUUUCCCAUGUGCGGUUAUUCGUGGUAUUUGUGAUUACUCGGAUCACAAGAACGAUCAAUGGCAAAGAUACGCUGCAUUGACAGCUGCUCUUUAUACCAAAGACCUUGUGUCUAAACUUUCCCCUCGCAAGACCAAUGCGGAAAAAAAGAUGGCGGAAAUUCUAUCAGAUGGUUAGCUAUUAGAUGCUUUGUUAGUAUAUUGCUGACGAUAUAUAGUGGAAACGGCGGUUCGAAGCGUGGAAUCAAAACUGAAAACGCAAGAAUAUAACACAAUC